AAUUUCAAGUGUAAAAUGUGAAAUGUCUAUCUUUUGAUUUUGUUGUUUGUCUUUCAAAAUAAAAUGAUAACAUUGCACGAAUAUGUUACGUAGAUCAUAAAUUUAUUAUUAUAAAAUAUUUUCUGAUACAUCUACGAAGCAUUAGUUCAGUGCUGUUUAAUUACGCUGCUAUAAAGCUUCAGAAGAGUUUGUUUUUGAGAUGACGGAAUCGUAUGAAUACUUAUUCAAGUUCCUUGUCAUUGGAAGCGCUGGCACAGGAAAAUCUAGUCUUCUUAACAAUUUUAUUGGAAACAAAUUUAAAGAAGAUAGAUGCCACACAAUCGGCGUAGAGUUUGGUUCAAAAAUUGUUAACAUUGGUGGAAAAUCUACCAAACUUCAAAUAUGGGACACAGCUGGCCAGGAAAGGUUUAGAUCUGUAACACGGUCAUAUUACAGAGGAGCAGCAGGGGCUCUGCUUGUAUAUGAUACAACAUCCCGUGAUUCUUAUAAUGCCCUUGCAAAUUGGCUAAGAGAUGCUCGCACCUUAGCUAGUCCUAACAUAGUGAUAUUAUUGGUGGGUAAUAAAAAAGAUUUAGAAGAAUCUAGAGAAGUCACAUUUUCAGAGGCUAGCCAGUUUGCACAAGAUAAUGAGCUGAUGUUCCUUGAAACAAGUGCUAAAACUGGAGAGAAUGUAGAGGAAGCUUUUCUAAAAUGCUCCAAAACAAUUCUUGCUAAAAUUGAGACUGGUGAAUUAGAUCCAGAGAGAAUAGGAUCUGGUAUUCAGUAUGGAACUGGAACUGCAAAAAGAAUAUCUGCACCAAAGCGUCCAUCUAGGACUCCAUCAGAUUGUGCUUGCCGAGUUUAAUACAAUAAUUAAUUUAUAUUUUGUAUUGGAAAGUUCUAAAGAAGACUGUCAUGAAAUGGAAUGGAUAUUAGUAAUAGGUGUGUAGAUAAUUUUUUAGUUUCACUAAACAACAAAAUGUGAGUGAUUCUAUAAUGUUACACAAUUCUCUAAUCAUGAAUUUUAAUACUGUUAGUGAAUGUUACCUAUUACAUCCAAGAUUUGUCUAGGUCUUCGACAUGUAAAAAAUUGUUUAUAUGACACUAUUUAAUAUAAGAAUUGUAUUCCAACUAAGUUUGGAUAUUGCAAGCAUGGAUUGAGUCUCAUAAGUUUUAAUUGAAAUUGAAAAUCACUUAAGUACUGAUUGAUGACUGUAGUAAGAAUAAUGUAUAUUUUAUUUUCAACAUUAAUAACUGGAUGUGAUGUAUAGUUUUUCAAUAUUAGUCGUAGAAAGACUUUAAAAUUAAAUUAAGUUAUAUACUCAAUUGAAUUUUUACACCUGAUAGCACUACUUACAACAUAACCAAAAUAAUUUAAUAGAAUUGUUUUUCUCUAAAUACAGCAAACGUUAUCUUUCACCUAUUCAUGAGUGCCAAUUUAUUCUCUAUUUGAGCUAUAGACAGCAAACAAAUAGUUUAAUGUUAGAGUUUAUACUCUCGGUUUCAAUUUAUAUUCACAGAUAAACAAAUACCAAAGCAUUGCUAAGCAAUAAGAUUGAUAUUGAUGAUGUUGACAAAACCAUGGGAGCAUGAUCUUGACUUGUAACACUUUAAGUUUUGUGUAAAUAUUUUUCUAUGUAUCAUUAUGUUCGUAAUUCCGGAUAUUGUAUCUAGCGUGUUGUGGUGUAAAAUUCUCCUCUUUCAAAAAUCAUUUGAUUAGCUCAGCUGAAGAAUUCUAUAAGACAUUCAAAGUUGAGAAAUAUAUUUCCAGUGCUCUCUUUGUCACUAAAAUAUGUUUAAAUAACAUUCCGUGACAUGUUUUAAAACAAUCUCAUAAUGAUCCCUCCUUUAUUUAAUUUUUUCCUUCCAAGUGAAUAUUAGUCAUUAAGUAGUUUUUAUUUGUUCCCUUUAAAAUAAAGCAAGUAGGUAACCAGUAAUUAAACAUUUAAGGUUUUAUUUCUAUCACUUUCUUCAACAAUAAUGUGCAAGAGCAAAUAAGUAUUCUAACUUAUGCUUUAAUAAACUACAUACUUGUUAUAUUUUACUGUGGAAGAGACUUAUACCACCAAAAAUGUAUACAAUUUCAUCAGUAUAUUAUGCACUAAUCUUUGUAGGAGGGUAAGAUUCACUUUGUAUUUUAGUGCACAGUCAUCGAUGUAUUGUGACAAUAAAGUGAUAAAAAUAA